UGACAUGGCCUGUUAUACCAUGUCAUAAAUAUUGUAAGACACAUACACAUGUAAUAACAUUAUAGAUGUCACACAUACUAUAGCUAUACAACAUCACAGUAAACCUGCUGGUACAUGAUUGUCUCUGCAGAAAAAAAUGUACAGUUUGAGUUAAAAAUUUCCCUGCAUGUAUAUAGAAAUAAAUUUAAAAGUUUUUAACUUAAUUUUCAUUGGUAAAAAUGUUAGUGCUAAACAGAAUCUUACACUUGUGGCUAUAUGUAAUAUGAAGUUUAUUAAACUCAUUAAAUAAUUGUUCAUUUCACUCAGCAAAACGCUUUUAGUACAUAUCAAAUAAUUCUCAUAUAAGGAGGUAGUGAUAUGCUGUAUAAAUGCAAAGUAAAAUCUGUAUAUCAAAGCAUAUACCAGCAAAUGAUACAACCUUAUUACUAUUUAAAAAAUAAAGGUUGUACCCAAUAUCUGAAAGGAAAGCAUCUGCUAUGUGAAGUAAUACUUUUAUUUCAGCUCUAUUGUUGACUGAGUUGAGGACCGUGUGGAAUGCCUCACUGGUGACAUGGUGAUGAUGACACAAAGCAGACUGUUAUGUCUGUACUCUGUCCUCAUCUUUCUGGGGUUCACCUGGUUCAUCUCCACCUUUGAGUAUUUUUGUAACAAUGAUGAGUUACUGGAGGUUAGGGAGAGACAGAUAGACACAUAUAAACAACAAGUGACAGAUAAAAACAGGGAGAUAGAAAACAUCCAGACUAAGAUGCAAGAGUAUGAGGAGAAAAUACAGAGAUUGUCUCACCUCCUGCAAAUAAAGACUUGUAAACCUGUGGCUGGGGACAAUGACCCCACCCUACCGACACUGUACCUGAUUACACCUACAUACUCACGUCUGGAGCAGAAGGCAGAUCUCACCCGACUAUCACACACACUUCUACAUGUCCGAAAUCUUCAUUGGAUUGUUGUUGAAGAUUCCGAAGUGAAAACAAGGCUCGUCACCAACUUCUUAGCAAACUGUGGAAUUCAUAACACCCAUUUGAACACUUUGACUCCUAAACAAGUGAAGCUAAAGGCUGGUGACCCACAGUGGCUGAAACCAAGAGGAGUUUUACAGAGAAAUGCUGGACUGACCUGGAUCAGAACAGCCUUAAAUCCAUCUAAAAAUAAAGGAGUGGUGUACUUCGCUGAUGACGAUAACACUUACAGUCUAGAGCUGUUUGAGGAGAUGCGCCAGACACAGAAGGUGUCAGUCUGGCCUGUAGGUAUAGUGGGAGGCCUGAGGUUUGAGAGUCCUAUGGUACAGAAUGGAAGUGUGAUUGGCUGGCAUACCUUCUGGAAGCCUGAGAGAACUUUUGCCCUUGAUAUGGCAGGUUUUGCAGUUAAUUUAGCCAUUAUAUUUAGUCAUUCCAAUGCAGUGUUUUCCAACAACGUUCCCAGAGGUUACUUGGAAAACUCAUUAUUGCUGCAGCUGGGUGUGAAACUCAAAGACUUGGAACCAAGAGCAGAGAAUUGUAAUAAGGUUCUUGUUUGGCAUACACGGACAGAGAAGACAAAGACAAAAAACGAGAAAAUAACACCUAGUGAUAUCAAUAUAGAGGUUUGAUAUCUGUGAUAAGUGUGAUGUUUUCAGUGAUGCGUGACAACAGAAGAUAUUAUCCCAGACAACUUUUGUUGUCACCUAUUACAUCUCGGGAUGUUGUUUAUGACAACAGUAAUGAGGUCAUCUAACAAAUGAUGAUGUUCCUUUCGACAACUGGUGAUGUUCGGCGUUACAUAGGAUAACUAGUGAUAUUAUUCAUGAAAACAGGUGUUGUUAUUCGUGAGAACUGGUGAUGAUUUUAGAGACAACUUGCGAUGUUUUGCAAUGAAAUAUUACAAUACAUUCCAAUCUAGGAAAGGCAUCAUUUUCUGUUGAUGUUUUACAUGAUUGAAAACAUACAUGUGCAUCAAGAUUAGUUAGCCUGUCAACUAAGGUCAGUGUUAAAACACAGGUAACGUAGAAAUCAUUCUGUCUUGUUGAAGAAACAAGUUUGUUUUUUGUGGUUGUUACAAAUUGUUGAAUCAAUUAUGGAACAUCCAUUUUACCAUUGUCAGAUACCUAAGGUUGUUUGCACUAUGCUACGCUACACUUAUCAAGUGUGGAUCAGCUCAGGCUACGCUACACUUAUCAACUGUGGGUCAGCUCAGUUGAAAAGUCUUGUUUCGCUUGAGACAAUCUGAUUGGCCCUGUUACAUUUUUCUAUCAUAACUUAAGCCAAUGAGGCCGACUCACAGGUGAUAAGUGUACUAUAGCAUAAUGCAAUCAGCAAUGGGUAUCAUGCCGUUUACAAACAUGAUGUUUGGAUAUAUUUGUUAUAUUUACCUUAAAAAUAAUUAAGCAGAAAUAACAUUUUUAAUAUUUCACCAAUCAUUGUGAUAAUUCUUCAGCUUUAUAUUACCGUAUUUAUCUGGCAAUAAGCCCACCCAUAUUUGCUUUAUUUACAUAAAAAUGCUAACAAAUGCUAGAUUAUUGUCCUGAAAUAAGAAUCCCACUCAAUUCACCUCCCCCCUCUCCCAUCCCCCCACCCCACUCCCACCUACAUUUAGUCAAAGUAUAUAUGUUGCCCCCAAUGGGCUUAUUUCAAGAUAAAUACGGUACAACAUUAUUAAAUGUGAAAAGGAGCCGGUUAUAGAUAGCUUUAAUGCUUAAUCAUUUUGAUCAUGUGAUAACUUGGUUAUUCAGUAGUGGAGAAGGCAUAAUUAAACCCCGAAAUGUUGAGAAUUAUUAGAAGGAUUUGUGCAAUGGCCUCAAGGUGCUGCUUCAAAUACUGGUACAUAUGUAUAUUUAAUCAUUAAUCAAAGUAGUUGAAGUCCUAGUCUAAUUGGAAUGGUUCUUUCUUUAGAUGUUAUUCCACUCAUAUUGAGCACAUUUCCAGCAUUAUUUAUGUGUUGUUGUGUGUUGACGAUGAUACAUGGUCAAACACUAUAUACUGUUGCAAUAAUCAGUUAGAUUACUUACAAUUCUAGUGAAAUGUUGUUUAUAUGAAAACAAAAUAUAAUCAAAUAACAAGGAAAGCUUAUAUAUACUAUAUAUACAUGUAUAUAGGGGGUCCAUUUACUUACAACAUUCAUAAGAACAGAUAUAUGCAAAAUUACUCAUGAUCUGGACCCCAAUUGUUAAAUGAAUUUCAAAUUUUACUUUCAGUUCUGUAGUUUAUUUUAUGCAGAGAUUGUAACCAGGAUUUCAAUAUCUAUGUUAUUCACAUUAAUAUCCCAGUAUGACCACAAUACAUUGGCUCUGAACCUAUUGUUUAACCUCCAUUAUAUAAGCUUUUCCUAAUUCUAGUCAUUGUACAAAUGGGUUUGUUUUAUGUUAUAUUGUGGAUGUUUUUUAUCCCUGGUUGCUUUCAGAAUCUCAGUUUGCGUGAAGCUACAAAAUAUUUACACUUUUCAAGAAUUAUAUGUAUUUGAAACAUUAGUGACCAUAUCAUAUUUCUCAAUUUCUCAUAAAUCAAUGUGCAUGCAUUAUUAUAUAGUUCAUGAAUGAAAGAGAUACCUUGAAGAAUAUUAUAGCACAGGUAUGAAAGACUAACCUUGUAAAUGUACAUGGAAAUUAAUUAAUUUGAAUUACCUCUGUGAUUUCUCUAUAUUGCAGGGAUUGAGAUUAUAUCAAAAGAACAUUUAGCUUCGACUGAAAUAUAUAUUUAUAUCAAAUGUUCAUUAUAACCCUAUCAGACAAGACUGUAUAGUUUGUGUUCAUUGAUUAUAUGAUUCUUCACGAAACUGAUUCCCAGCCACAAACAAGUCAAAUGUCCGUCCGCCAUUGAUGGGGAUGCAAUAAGCUAUAUCUAUACAUUAUGUAUAACAAAGAUCCAAUUCUUGAUUAGCUACCUAAAACUUGCAUGCAUUUGUGGGCAGUGACAGAUAGGAACAUUUACCUGGAUACAUUAUCACAAUAUAUCUUAGCAAAAAUUGAGUGUUUUUCUUUACUUACAUUUCCACAUAUCCACUCAACAUGAAUGCAGCAUCAGCAUAUUCGUGUACUUUUUUAUGUGUAAUGUAUAGAGAUUACAUGAUCAUAGUAUUUUCAUUUUUACAAUUUACACAUUCACGUUUCAGUUUUUAGAGUAGUGCAAGCCAUUCACAUGUUUAUUAACAUGUCAUCUAGUGUGAAAGGAUCCUGGUACUAUGAUUAUGAUAUACAUGUAUAUUGUUCAUUAGAUAUUUUUGUCCUUGCUUAAUUUUACCUUUUUUGAUAAUUUCUGAAAUGAAAAUCACUCUCCUGUGAGUCUAUGUUUAAACUAUAUGGG